AAAAUUUUUAAAGAUUUUUUUACCUUCAUGCUUUUUAAUUGCCUAGGAUACUUGAUAGCAAAUGACUAAUCUAAACACGAAGUUUCUCUAAACACAUCCCCGCUAGGUUUAACAAUAAAAGUAAAAACUAAAUAUACUUAUAUAGAUGACUAGUACAGAUUCAUAAAUAGCUUUCAUACCAAGAGGUACAAUCGAUAGUGUAUUAACAUGGUUUCGUUCAAUAAAUGAAGGUAUUUUUGAAUAUAUAUAUUAAGUAAAUAAAACAGGAACAAUGGACUUAGAAAGUAUAGAUCGUAACAUUAAGGUCACAAUUGACAUAGAGUUAAAGAAUUUGCAGAAUUUAGAACGUCUUCUUCGUGGUAAAGUACUUUUUAAAAGACGACCUUGCUUUAAAAGAAUAAAUCGUAUUGCCAAUAAUAUUUGUAUGAAAUUAUUAUCAAGCUAGUUAUUUUAUAAAUAGAAGGAACCAAUAACUUGAUGGUAGAGAAGAUGGCAUACUUUCCACAUGUUUGUUACGAUACAUCAAAUUUAACACGUUUUGUAUUAAAUAAACUUAUCACAUCAAGGAAUAAAUAAAGUAGGAAUAAAUGAUUCUGAAUAACUUAAGGGAUCAUCCUCAUCCAAAUAUAAUUUAAUUGGAGGAAAUUUCAUGUGAUGACACUUCUUUAUCGAUAUUACUUGAGUUUUGUGCUGGAGGAGAUUUACUAAAGGUUUUAAAUUAAAAGAACAACGAAAUCAACCAUUAAUUGGUGAUGAAAAAAUUAUUAAACGGUAUAUUAAAUAAAUAUUUAAUUAGUUGUUUAACAUCUUCAUUCUUUGGAUAUACUUCACAGAGAUAUAAAACUAUAGAAUGUUUUACUAAGAAUUCCUAACGAUGUCAGCAGUCUCGUUUUGGCAGAUUUUGGAUUAGCUUGUCAUAAAUCUUAAAUUCCUUAUUAUAAUACAAGGUAUUAACAUAUUGAUUCUUAGAUGUGGAACACCAGGUUAUACAGCUCCUGAAGUAUUUACUUAAUCCAUUUACGAUGCCAAGGCUGACAUAUUUAGUUGUGGUGUAAUGUUUUUUAAUUUGUAAAUCUACUUUUCUACUUUUAGAUUAACAUUAAAAAAUCCCUUUGGAUCUUCUAGAAACCCCUAAGCAUUACUUUAGAAAAAUAUGGCUGUAGAUUAUGAUUUGACUCAUUUGGAUAUCAUAAAAACUUAAAAUCCUUAUGCAUAUGAUUUAGUUCUUUAAAUGCUAUAAAAAGAUCCAAAAUUGCGACCUUCAGCUACUCAAUGUUUAUAACAUCCUUUCUUUAACUAAAUAAUAGUUGAAUAAAAGGAAGAUUCGACUUUUGACAAUAUUCAGUAAGUUUUAAAUAAUUCAUAAUAGAUUCAAUAAUCCUAUCCAUCAAGCAGUAAAAAUAAAUUAAACGAAGCCGCAUCAAAUGCCAUAGUUUAAAUGA